UUGUCUUAUAAUACCCAGGUCUGAUACGAUGCUGACAUGUAUGCUUGUGUUUCAUUCUGAUUCCUGUUGUUUUUGAAGCUGGAGUGCUUAAUAGAGUUGGUGAGAGCUGGGGCCACUCUAAAUGUCUCCACCACUCGGUACGCCCAGACGCCAGCCCACAUCGCAGCUUUUGGAGGACAUCCUCACUGUCUAAUGUGGUUGAUCCAAGCAGGAGCCAACAUUAACAAACAGGAUUGUGAGGGUGAAACUCCUAUUCAUAAGGCGGCUCGGUCUGGUAGCCUAGAUUGCAUAAGUGCCCUUGUGGCAAACGGAGCUCACAUCGACCUGAGAAAUGCCAGUGGCCUGACAGCAGCAGACAUUGCACAAACCCAGGGUUUUCAAGACUGUACCCAGUUUCUCUUGAACCUCCAGAAUUGUCAUCUGAACUGUUUCUAUAAUAAUGGCACCUUAAAUGGGGUUCAUCAGAAUGUAUUUCCUAAUCAUAUUAGUCUUGGAGCAAAUCGAAAGAGAUCCUUGGAAGAGUCGGACACCAUUGGAGUAAAGAAAGCUAAAACUGAAGCUCAAAGCUUGGAUUAUUUCAUGUCACAAGUGAACAGUGAAGCAGAAGAUGAUGCUGACAAAAUGCACGUUGAUAGAGAAUUUGCUGUUGUAACAGAUGUGAAAAACAGUAGCUCCGUAUCGAAUACAUUGACAAAUGGAUGUGUCAUCAAUGGACAUUUGGACUUCCCCUCCGCACCACAGCUCAAUGGAAUGGAAAACGGAAAUGGCCAGUGUUUAACAAGAUCUAAUGGAAUUAGCAAUGGACUCGUUCCGGGACUGCCAUUGAUGAGUGGCCGGGGUUCUCUCUCUGUUACUGGCACAGAGGAGCACGAAAGGACUGUGCAUGCCAACUCUGAUAUGUGCGGUGCUCUGCACCUGAACGGGAGUCCAAGUAGCUGUGUGGCUAACAGACCUUCCUGGGUAGACGACAUUGGGGAGAAUUUGAACUAUGGACACUACCAUGGGUUUGGGGACACUGCUGAAAGCAUCCCUGAACUUAAUAGUGUUAUAGAGCAUUCCAAUUCUGUGAAAGUGGAAGAACGAUAUGACAAUGCUGUUUUGGGUACAAUGCACCUUUAUCAUGGCUCAUAAGAGCUUCUGGCCUAUUCUUUAUCCAAAGUACAUUCGUUCUUCCUGUUAACCAACUCAGAAUAUUAAUGUAGCAUUAAUUUGAAGGAAUGCCACGACCUGUACUAUUUUAUAUAUACACUUGUUUAAAGAAGGAACCUUUUAUUUAUCAGUUUCCGAGUUAGUGUGUGCGUGAGUGAGUAGGGCUGAUGUAGUGCAGAGGUGCAUAAACAGUGAGAGAGCGGCUCUUCUAAGAGAUGUGCUUUGGGGAUUGAGUUUUCCUAUCUAAAUAAAACUGAGCAGAAAUCAUCACAUUUCCUUUUGUCAAAUUAUAUCUGAUCAAGAUGAAUUAGGCCGUUAAUGUGGUGCCUGGUAACCUGUCUACGUUUAUUUGCACACGAGCAUCAUCUUGAAGAGCUUGCGUUCACACCUUGUUGCGUUCAGGACAGAACACAGCUAUUUCCCUAUGCAAGAUACAGCCUUACAACAGAUCUCUUGUAGCGAUUUGUACGAAGCCAAGAGCUUAAUGUCUUUCUCAUUGUCGUUUGAACUUACUUUGUAAUUCACCCUGUGGUAGAGAUCUUAAUUGUAUACACGCAUCAUGGUUGGGGUAUCAGUGGUCUCCCUUCAGUCAUGUGAAGUAGAUCACUGCAUUUUGUUUUUCACUGAAAAUAGGGUCAGCCUGGGACUUCUGAGUUACUUUCUUUUUAUUCUGCAUUUCCUUACUUUGUCUCUAGAUCUUUUACCACAGAGAACAGUUUCCUUUUUAUGUAGUAGACAUUAUCUAUCUGUAGGCCCUGUCAGGUGAAAACAUUUAAGUAUUUGACUAAUAUUUUCUUUUUUCCUUGUUUUUAAUUUGGGGGGGGGGUGUUCUGCUUUAAAAUAUAUACUGCUAUGUAUAUCUGUAACAGAAUUUUAGAUCUCUUGAUGAAACUGCAUUAUGUUUAUGGUUUUUUAGAUGUUAGCUUUUGUUUAGACAACUUAGUUACACUGCAAAUACUGUAAUGAAUUUUUACUUUUCUGAUUUUUUUGUAAUAAAAAUAGGUGAAACAUAAAAAGUCAAAGGGAUAAACCAGUGUACUAAGAGUGUUAUUAACAUUUUGCUUUAAAACUGUCCUUUACAAACUGAAUAAAAAGUCCUUACAUUGA